AUGGGUGAAGUGACCGACGCCAAGGAAUUAAAAAAUACCUUUAUUGUUCCCGCAAUAAAGUCUUUUGAUCGUUAUGAUUUUUCACGAGCAAAAAUCUGCUGUAGUCUCACAUGGCUAGUGGCCAAAGCAUUUGGGACAGGUUGGUGGUUUAAAUAUUUAUUCCCUGCAAUAUUAUCGCUCAGCUAUACAAAUAACAUCACACACCAUUCAAGCUUGCAAUAUAAUACUGUACAAUUAUAUUGUAUGUAUAUUACAAUAUGUAUAUGUAUGUAUAUUAAUAAUGUAUAUUGUUGUACAAUUGAUUUAUAUGUAGUAUUUAUAUAAAUAAAUGUUGAACCACUUUAUUUAGAUUCCCCAAGAGGAGAAUAUCCUUCCAUAACAAACACACAUAUGUAAUUCCCAAAGAGACCUAUGCUAAGAAAAAUAACUGUUGCAUGAUAAUUUCCUAUCUAGUUCAGUUCAGUAGCAGUGGGCUAUAAACAUUAAGGUGUGAAGGGAUGCCACAAAUGAUCUCAUCAAUCUCAACAGAUUGUGGAUGUCUCCUGCUUGAGAGCUGUGACCCUGAGUAUGACAGGCCCACUCCAUAACAUCAUAUCUAGAUGGGCAUAAUGUAGUAACAUUCAUUGUCACAUGGUUAUUGUUGUACCAUGGUUAUCAGUAAGCUUACAGUAGGCAAAUGUGACUCAUAUUACAUAAUAGUAAUGAAAUAGUACCUAAUAGGGUUCAUAUUUGGGGUUAGGCCUAUAUCUACAGUAGACCUACUACUGAAUUAGCCACAAAUUUUACUUUUAUGACUGUUUAACAUAGUUCAAAGUAUUAGAAGAGUAAUAGGAGUCACAUUUGGAUGGCCAAUAGGUUCUUCAAUAAAGACAACAGUUGUUUUAUUAAUGUGGUGGUAUGACCAAAUAAGUUAUUUUUUAUAUAAACUCAAACAGACUGAUGUGAAUCAUCGCAGCCCAAAUGUUUUCCACCUCAGUCCGUUGCUGUAAAUUGCAUUGAGUCUCAAUGGUCACUGAAGAAAAUAAUAGAGAGCUUCUGACUCAUCUGUGCAGCAAGGCCCAGCUCAAUAAAGUGGAAUGUAGGGGCUGGUUUCCCUGAUACAAAUUGAGAGUAGCCCUGGACUAAAAUGCAUGUUCAAUAGUAGGAGAUUCUCCACUGAAACUGCAUUUUAGGCAAGGCUUAAUCUGUGUCUGGGAAAAUGGCCCUAGGGGGCUUUGCAAUGCAUUUUAGUUACUGCACCUUGAGUUUAUUUUUUAUUUAACUAGGCAAGUCAGUUAAGAACAAAUUCUUAUUUACAAUGACGGCCUAUACCGGCCAAACCCGGACAACACUGGGCCAAUUGUGAGCCGCCCUAUAGGACUCCCAAUCACGGCCGGUUGUGAUACAGCCUGGAAUCGAACCAGGGGGUCUGUAGUGACGCCUCAAAUACUGAGAUGCAGUGCCUUAGACCACUGCGCCACUCGGGAGCCCAUUCCAGUGUCAUUGAGUGUCAUUCCAAGGCAUGUGGUAUUGCUAUAAGCCUGGUAGUCAAGGGGACAAUGCCUGACGUUUGAAAGCAGUUCUAACAGCACAUGUUCUGAUAUAAAAGUUGUUCCUAUCUUAUACUUAUUUGAUCUGUUUUGAUCCUUCGUUUUGUUUUGUUUUUGGUAAUAGCCAGCAGUUUGCCAGAGGCUCAGGAUUGUGCUGUACUCGGUGUACUCAAACCUACUGUUUACUAAAUUGAUGGGCAUAUAGCAGAGGCAGAGAUUACUUCGCUAGAGGAACAAAUAUAUAAUUGUGUUUAAUAUAAUAAUAUGCCAUUUAGCAGACGCUUUUAUCCAAAGCGACUUACAGUCAUGUGCGCAUACAUUUUUACGUAUGGGUGGUCCCGGGGUUCGAACCCACUACCCUGGCGUUACAAGCGCAUGCUCUACCAAUUGAGCUACAGAGGACCACAAAGACAUGCUCCGGUAUGUUGGCGACAAUGUUAUUUUUUUUUACCUCCUGCUUUGGGCUGGAUGUGUCAAUGUGUAGUUCAUACAUGCAUAAUCUAUUGACAGAAUUACAGUCUUACCUCAAUUAGCCAUGAAAUCCCUAGUUUGAAAGUGACCGCUUUCUUGAAGCUGUGCAUAGCACAUAAACAAUUGUAUAAUGAGAGACAGAAAAUCUAUGGAAUCCAGACAUUUUGGUGGGACUUAAGGUAUUCAAUUGAAUGUCAAAUAUCAUUUUUUCUUCUUCUUUGAAAUGAUACAUGCCAACAUUUUUAAAUGACAGAUGGCCUUUUUAUAUUUAUUUUAUUAUAUUGCUAGAAUAAUAAUGUUUGAAAAUAACAACUAAUUUGGGUAACACACUGUCAUAACCAUGUCAUAAUGUGUCGUAACAGCUGACAUAACUUGUCAUAACCUGUUAUAAUAUUGUCAUAACACUGUCAUGACACAUAUUUAGACCUGUUGUGAGAUAUAUUGUGUUAUUUUAUGGCUGGUUAUGACACCUACAUAAGAAUGUCAAAACCCACAAAACCUACCACACAAGGCAAAACAUUCCAUUACACCAUAGCCUACUUCUCAACAGUAUGUUUAUGUUAUAUAACAUUUUCUGAAAUUUACAAUAUUCAAUUAUCAUUGUAAUUGCUUACACAUUGAUGUCAGACAUGCACCUACCCCAAUGCUCUGUUGACUGAUGACUGACAUAAGGGCAUGUACGUGAUAGGCCUAUCUGGCUUAUGUGAUUAUGAUGGUCGUAAUUCUUCAUGAUAGUGUCAUAAAGUGCAUUUUCUACAAGUUAGUUAAAAUAUGAUGGAAAAAAAACAUGACUGUAAAGAAUUCAUUACAACAACAACAACAAAGGAUUUGAGAAACAAACUUUCAAAUGAAAGGAAACUUCUUGGCAGGGAAAAAACACAUUUGAAUAAAUGUGGGGUUUGAUAGUAUUAUGUAGGUGUCAUAACCAGCCAUAAAAUAACACAAUAUAUGUCACAAGAGGUGUAAAUAUAUGGGUCAUGACAGUGUUAUGACAUAUUACGACAUGUUUAUGACCAUGUCAUAACGUGUUAUGACACUGGGUGUCAAGUAAAGUGUUACCCUAAUUCCCAUCUACAUAUAGGCAGAAUUUCAUAAAUUAGCAUGAAAUAACUCUCUAUCCAAUCAGCUCUUUCUAAGGUACCACCCCAAGUGAAUUUGUAACGCCCCUCACAAUCUCCCAUCAACUUUCACCAUGGCUUUCUCCCAAAGACGUGCGACAUUACUUAUUCAUGUUUGAUGUCAUCUAGAAUAUUAAACAAGGCGAAAAUGUUUUGUACCAAAAUAGUACCCACCUGUUAUGAGCAUAAACAUAUAUCACUUUAGAAUUAACCAAUGCAUAUUUAUUUGACAAUAGGGGAAAGAUAAAAAAGUUGUGCGAUUGAUUUAGAUAUGUGGAUUUUUCAUGUCGGCUUUCUUUUCUGAGUGGUGACUGUUAACAUUGUAAUCUAAUUUUCUAUCCCACGAAAGGGAACACUUACUAGACCGUUUUCUCUUCUUUCUUUUCAUGUAGUUGCCGUGUCAGUGCAUUUAAUCCCCAUCGAUAAAUCAACUUUGAUAAACACGUGGGUCAAAACCUUUUAGUCCCAUAUCUACGAUUUCCAAUGAUAUCCCCAUCCUUUUGAGACAUCGUUUCACACUUUUCCCCGAUAGAAAAGUCCAAGAGAAAAGGUGAUUUGCACAAGUAAUCGUAUGAAUAUUGUCAGUUUCUAUUUGAAAGCAAUCAGAGAAGUGACAAUUAGUUGACAAAUGCAUUAUCCACUUCUCAGCCAAAUGAAAGCUGAACAGAGCUGUAUUCUCAGGUGGGCAUGGCUUGAGCCUUGCUAGGUUGCGUGUAAAGCUAAAGUUUUAGUUUAGUUUAUUAGGAUCCCCAUUAGCUACUGCACAUGCAGCAGCUACUCUUCCUGGGGUCCACAUAAAACAUACAAAUACAGAAAGUAAUAGACAAGAACAACAUAAGAUAUUAUAUUACACUCAAUUGUUUUUAUUUUUAUAAUAGUUAUAUAUAGGAAAGACACCAAGCGACAACAAAAAUACUAUUUACACACUAUAUACAUAUUCGUAUUCUUAUAUAUAGUACAGUUAAAUUAGAUCUUUAGAAGGAUCAUGAAAUCUGGACCAAAUACAUCCAGAUGUGUGCUUUUGGGAGACUUGCAUGGAGUAUGAGCACUUCUAUAAACCAAUGUGCUUUGAAACUAGCACUGAACCUCAACAAGACAUCUGUUUUGUAUUCCUUUAAAGGUCCAAUGCAGCCAUUUUUAUCUCAAUAUCAAAUCAUUUCUGGGUAACAAUUAAGUACCUUACUGUGAUUGUUUUCAAUUAAAAUGGUGAAAAAUAAACUAAAAUAGCUUCUUAGCAAAUGUUGCUAGGACUGUCUCAGAGUGGUCUGAGUGGGGAAGGGAAAACUGAAAACCAGCUCUUAUUGGCAGAGAGGUUUGGAACUCUCUUUCUUAUUGGUCUGUUAACUAAUUUACCGCCUGGUGAUGUCACCAGGCAGGCCAAAACUCCAUCCCACCAAAACAGGCUGAUUUCAAACAGCUCUUACUCUAAAAGGGCAUUAUCAUAAUUUUCACAAUUUCACAGUAUUAUUCCAACCUCAGUGUGGAAAUAUACACUAUAUAUACAAAAGUGUAUCCCAGAACAACAGCAAAGGACCUUGUGAAGUUGCUGGAGGAAACAGGUACAAAAGUAUCUAUAUCCACAGUAAAACAAGUCCUAUAUCGACAUAACCUGAAAGGCCGCUCAGCAAGGAAGAAGCCGCUGCCCCAAAACCGCCAUAAAAAAGCCAGACUACGGUUUGCAACUGCACAUGGGGACAAAGAUCGUACUUUUUGGAGAAAUGUCCUCUGGUCUGAUGAAACAAAAAUUGAACUGUUUGGCCAUAAUGACCAUCGUUAUGUUUGGAGGAAAAAGGGGGAUGCUUGCAAGCCGAAGAACACCAUCCCAACUGUGAAGCACGGGGGUGGCAGCAUCAUGCUUCUUUGAUCAAGGUGGGCAUUUUGGUGUAAUCCUCUCGAAGGGCUCUAGCCCCACCUCUAAACCUAAGGCAUAACGUUUUAUGUUCAGAUAUAAUUAUGCUAUCUAGAACAACGAAAAUGCCUCUGACAUCUAGAAUGAAGAAUCACGUUGGCUCUAUUCAUAGCAUUUCUAUCUGCAACGUUCCAAAACGUUUUCAUACUGAACAUGGCCCUGUCCUCACCUCUGUGGGAGUCACGCCCACCACCCCUCCUAUUGGUCCUUUGUUCAGUUGCGUUCUCCUCAAGGCGUAGGUCAAAGUUGCCCCAAAUGUAACCACUGAUACCAGUUCAGAUUUAUUCUACAUCCACAUAAUGGUUUAGGUGAGGAUUAUUGAUAGGGUAAUCUGAUCCUAGAUCUGCGGUCAAGAGAAACUUCUACCUCUAGGACCCUUUGGUGACCUUGAUGUUGAUCAGAUCGCGUGUUUCUGUUAUGAGCUGCUGACUUGGCCUGUCUGAUAUGGUUCGCAGAGUGGUGUGAGGGUGGGAUAAGGAGUGUGAAGCUGCGAAAGCCUCGGUCACUGUGGCUUUACACACCCUCAUCUUCAUGAACACCCAUCUGCUCCUUCUGAUAUGGGUGUGUUGCAUAUCCGGAGAUCGGUGUGUGUGUUUGUGUGUGCGUGUGCGUGCGUGCAUGUGUCUAUGUGUGCGGGAGUAUUGUAAAAAGUGUUACACCAUGUAGCAUUACAGGGUUGGGGUCAAUCUCCUUUUAACCACACUUAGUUUGUUCUAAUGUGCAGCCACUUGAGUGGUGUGAAAAUCUGGUUAUUUUCGUAGCUGUUUGAGCAAUCUCAGAGUCUCUGGUUUUAUACCUUCCUCAUUUUCUCAACACCCUGAAUUAUUGAAGUCAGGCCCACUCAUAUCUGUCAGCUCGUGUGUGCCCGCCCGCCUGCACACACACACACACACACACACACACACACACACACACACACACACACACACACACACACACACACACACACACACACACACACACACACACACACACUCCUGUGUUAUCCAUCUCUCUCUUUGAUAAAGCAGACUGAGGGAAGCUCCCUGGAAGUUAGAGAGAUAUGGAGUGCACAUGAAUCGAUCAGGUUCCUCUUCUACUGUAGUUUCCAUGGUAACGCACCGUGCGGUCCAUCCAUAGUGUAUCUCCUAUGGAGAUCACGCCCAUGUCUUUGGAUGAGGAAAGAAUGAAGUAGACUUGCCACAGUUAAACACUGAAUUACCAUCAGUCAUGUAGUGAAAUAUCAAACCUUCAAAUAACCCUUUCAAACGUGCUGAUCUUCUAGAUUCACUAAUAGAUUGAUUCUCAUCAUAUUAGAAAUGUGACAAAAAUACACUAUGAGGUAAUAUGAGGUGGUUUAGGCUGACCUUCCACUUUGUUUAUGCCUGCAUGCUCUGAAACUGAAGCUCCUUCUCUGUAUCAUUCCUUAAUUUCUCUCUCACAUACUGUUAAGUGUUAAUAAAUUAAAAUUGACUUGGAUACAAAAGUCGUAUUCAUAUUCAUCGUUUUGAACCGUUCUCCCUCUCUGUCUCCUUCUUCUCUCCUAUGCAGACAGUGUGCCCGCCGACCUGAAGGAGCCCUUCUACACAGACCAGUAUGAGCAGGAGCACCUGAAGCCUCCAGUGGCCAACCUGCUGCUGUCUGCUGAUCUCUACUGUAGAGCCGGGAGCCUCAUCCUGAAGAGUGAUGCCACCAAGCCCCUCAUUGGCCACGAUGAUGUCAUCCAGGCCCUGGCUCUGAAGGGCCUCUACAUCACAGACCAGGAGAGGCUGGUCACAGAGCGAGACCUUCGUAAGAGGCCCAUACAGAUG